GGUUCGACUGCUUGGGGUAAACACCGAAGUUGUUUACGUGUGUGAACUAUGCGGAUGGGGCAAGGGCUUUGUGUCUGAGUACUGUAUUUAUAUAUGCAUAGAAGAUGCCAACAGUAAUCCUCCUAGAUGUGUCACUUUCUAUGAGCCGGAGUGUAGACGUAUCAACUCCCAGCCAAAAUGAAGAAGUAGAAAGAUUAGAACUGAGGAAGGACCUUGCCGCCCAUGGAUGUCACAGUCUUCUUGAUCACUUUGCCCAACACUGUAAAUUAGAAUUUGCCUGCUUGAUUUCUUUUUCAUCUGUGUGCAAAAUCCUUAUGCCCUUUACAAGGGAUUUUGAAUCCAUAAAAAAUGCCCUGAAUCUGGUAGAAGAAGGAGAUAAAACGAGCAUUGAUGUUGGGCUGGUUGGUGCAGCUCAGCAUAUCCUGGAGGAGUGGGGGAAUGGAACUCCUUGUCAGAUUGUUUUGGUUACUGAUGGUAAUGCUGGAAUAGGGCAGCAUGCCAUGCAGAAGUCUUUGAUGUCUCCCCAUUCCCGAGGAGCAGCUCAGUUCCCUUUGCCCUUCCCGUUUCCUGCAAAACUCAACAUUGUUUGCAUUGCCAACCCAAGUGAACCAGGCUUCCAGACUUCAAAACCUUUAUAUCAGCGUCUAAUUGAGUUGAAUGGUGAAGGUGAUAUUCUUAUUCCAGAAGGUGGAUUAAGCAAAAAGUCAGUAUCAGAAUUAUUUGACCAGCUGAUUAAGAACAACUUCUCCUCGUACUCUGGAACUCUUCACUGUGGGAACUUGUCUGCUCCCAUUACCCUGUCACCUCCACCUCAGCCUUACUGCCGUCACCAUGAUUUUGAAGUGAUCCGUGUGAGUGUAGAUUCUGCCAUCCAGGUGCUUGGAUUUCUGAACACGGGAGAUGUUUCUUCGCCUCCUGCCUUCUCCAGACAUCUUGUGCUUCCUCUUUCCACAAAAGGUGACAUGGUGAUGCUACCCAAGGCUGAUGGUGGAAGUGAUGAUGAAAGUGGAAAUGACGAGGGGAAAAUACCGUCUUUUUGUGUCUUGCUUCAUGGUGGGCUUAAGAGAGAAAACACAGUGGCUUUGUGUCAGGUUGGCGACAACUGGUACGGCAUUCUGUAUUCAUGGGCGGACAACAAAAAGAAGUCAAACUUAAUGCUAUCAAUUUUUGUCCCAGGCAAUGAUGUUAUUCCAUGGAUGGGGAAAUUAUCUAAUCUUGGACCUGCUUCACUCUUGCCUACAAAUCCAUAUGGACCAAAUGAAUCUUCUACACCUUUUCCGUUAAAGAUUCAAGAAGAGAAAAGUUAUGCACUUAAUUGUGUGGUCUGGGUACGACAAGGUGGCUUACAAUCAGAUAUACAGAAAAUCCUUCGUCAUGCUCGAAAACUCCCAGAUAAAACACAGAGUUUUUACAAGGAAUUAAACCGCGUACGUAGAGCUGCCCUGUCUUAUGGAUUUGGAGAGCUCCUAGAAGGACUGGCAAGUGUAUUGGAGCGAGAGUGUACUCUGCUGCCUUCUUCAUCCCAUCCAGUGGCAGCCAUUCAGCUUCAGCAUGCAUAUGAGGCACUAAGAAACCAUGACAAGAGUGAUUUCAGACAGAAUAUUACACCUUUGAAAACCACUUUUACAGGCAAUGACUAAUCAGAAAUGAAUGUCUAAGAGAUGUGGCUUAUCAUUAAAAUGAUUGAGCUGUGUCAGGAAAAUUCUAGAAGAUAUUUGUGGAUUUGUUUUGCCUCCUAGUUUAUAUCACCAGAUAAGUGAAGCACCAUUAAUUCCAAUAUGUAUCUUCAUUAUCAAGAAACUCAUUAUUAUUGACAAUUCACCUCAUUUCAUGUGAUAGGCAUGCAUUUCAUAAAGAAGCAAGUCUUUCUCAAAGGAAAUUAUACAUUCCAUAAUUUUUGCAGGGAAUUCUACUGAACAUUCCUUUAGAAAAGGAUUUAGAAUGCCUCUCCCUUCCAGAAAAAAAGAAAAACAUGCAGUAUGCACACAUAGAUACACAGAUGCCCAUGCCCCAUUGCCACUCACACACGGACAUGUGCAUAUGCACACACAGAUACGUCCACACAUUCAUAUGCCCAUCUAACUUUGAUGGUUCAAGAUAGCGAGUUGAAACUGGAGUCACUACGCAACUUGGCUAGCUGAAAUACCACUUUUCCCCCAUUUGUUUACAUCCAUCCCAGGUUCAUGCAAAUAUUUUAUAUUUGAUUACUGAUUGGUCAGUAAUAUAGUGGAAUAUGUGUUAAUAUUAUCAUUUAUUUAUUUUAAUCCUAAGAGUUACUUAUUUGCAUUGGUCUGGUCUCAAGCCUGCAAGACUUGAAAGUUGACCUACAUUAAAAUGAAUUCAGCGGCUAAAGUGCCAUAUUUUAAGUUUUCAUCUCCAACUUAAACCAAUGUUAACUUACUUGUUACAUUGUAUCUAAAAAUACGUUCACUCAAAAAUGUUCUCUGGCUUUAUCUUGUCUACACACUAUGAUCAAAUUGUCAAUUUCCACAAGCCUCAUGAUAUAAAUAUUAGGGACAAAUGGUCCAUUUGUGAUAUUAGUUUACAGGGGUAGAUUUUUACCUAGUGAAAUUACUUGUCCAGCAUAUAAAAUAUGCUUAUGGUAUGUUAAUCAGUUUUAUUUUUAUUUCUACUUUUAUUUUUAUUCAUUUACAUUUUACUUCUAUUACAGUACAUGUAUAUCAACAACUGCUUCAUCAAGAGUUUCAUAAACUCAAAAAUAUUUUCAAUGUAAACAAUUUUCUUUCUCCCUGAUUUAACUUACGAGAAACCAAUUCUAUAAAAUUUCAAAACUGUGGUCAUGAUAUACAGCAAUUUGCUCAUCCCUACAGAAGUGCAUUAAGAUACCAGUGAUUACUGAAAUAUCAGUAACCAUUUAAAUCCUUCCAUUUUUUCUGGUCACACCAGAACAUGCUCUAUGAUACAGUGACAAAUAUUAAUGCAAAUAACAUCCGCUUCAUGGAUUCGGUUGUGAUAAGAGUUCAAAAGCAGAGAGUGCUUGUCCAAGCGGACAUCAUUUGUAGGUUAGGUUGAUUGCAUUUCUUCUACUAGUCAAUUCAUGAAAAAAAAAUCAAAGGGAGUUCUGGAACUUACUUAUGAAAAUGUAUUAUGAACAUGUGGCAUUCGUGUUUUUUUCCAAUGUUGCGGUUUUGUAAAUACCUCAGUUUACACAGCAACAGGUACAAUUACCCCACAAAUCCCCAGUAGUCAGCAUAGUUCAUCUGCAUUAUUACCUGGGUUUGGAGUUUUGCACAAUAAGAGUACACAUCGGGGGAGACACAGUCUGUGUGAGGUGUGCAUAUAGCAGCCAUAUUGAGGAGGAAGGGGCUGGAAGUGGGGGAGACAAUUAAUGACUGUUGAUUAGGGCAUUAUUUUAAUAUGUAUGUGAUUGCACUUUACAUCAAGAUGCAGAACUUGAUAAAAUAAAAAAAUACUUGAUAAUACUUGUAUUUCGGGAUUGUAAGUUACUGUUGAAAUGGGGAUAAUAUUAGGUGGGCUAAUUCAGGAAGCCAGAGUAUUUUGUUUUCUAAAUCGAUUGUGCUUUGUCGAUGAGUCAUGUUUCCAGCCACUAGCCAUGAAGAGUAGCCGAAUUAGAUACAAGUAAGAAAUUUUAAGGUGACAUGCAUUUAUGGGGUUCAUGCUUGUAGAAAGUAGGAUAAUGACAGUAAUAGAAAAUUCUACAAAGCAUGAUGUAAGAGUAUUCACCUUGGCUCCCAGGACAGAAUUAUGGUAUUAGAAUGUUUUCAUUAGUACACUGAAAUGUUCAGUCAUAGCAUUAUUCAAAGUUUUGCAUAUCAUGAUAGGUAAGGUACAUGAUCACAUAGUGUAUUGGUAAUGUGGAAGCCUGUAUUUGUGUGUCAUAUAAUAUAGGUGUGCAGAUAAGUGAUCUAUUGUACAUCAUUGUAUAAAAUAUUUUUUUCCAGUUGACUGAAGUCAUUUUCAUACUCUUACAUUCUCUUAGUAAAGUAGACGAAAGUCUCACUACACUAUUCUUUACUUGGACAAGUUUCAAGUAGAACUUACUAUGUGGUUGUGAAUCCAUUGUUUUAUAAUUAAAUAGACCAGAUUGUGGAGAAAGAGCAUGUUGAAUUAUUUGAUAUCUUUUUUAUGAUAAAUUCACUGCAUGCUUGACGUCCAGAUAAAAUACAAAAUAGUGGUUAUAUUUCUUGGUGCACAUUAUACUGCAAAAUUACAUUUGUAUAAAUAUAUUGCAUAAUUUUU